AUGAAGCUCAAGACCUGCGCGAACGGGGGCGAUGGCCCUUUUGUCAACGGCGUCAAGACGCUUGAAGGAUUGGGUUCUGAGGAGGAAGCCACCUCUUCCACUUCAUCAAAGAGGACUCGGGAGCAUCAGGACUCAGCUGACCAGCCCAAUGACGACGAAGACCGCCAGCAGGUCAAGCGUGCGCGCCUCGACCAUACACAAGUGGACUUUGUUGAGGGAGACUCCGAGUCUGCGCCAGAAACAGCCACAUCAGGGCAUGCGGCGAGCAGAGGCCGCCGCCCGUCUGCUUGGCGGCAACGAAGGAGGCGAGAAAGGCCAGAUGAGCACAUGCAGAAGCAGGCGCGUUUGGCAGAAGCUCUCCAACGCGCUGAGACAGCAGAGCAGAAGAAUGCAGCAAGUGCUGCCGACCUGGACCGCACAAGGCGGCUGCUGCGCAAGAGCCUGGCUGCCCAGCAAGACUUGGUGCAGCAGAACAACGAGCAGCGCAACUUGCUGACAUUUAAGAUGGGGGAAGCGAAAUUGGAAGCGGCCGAUCAGCGGCAUGGCGCGUCCCGGCUGGGCAAAAAGUCGAAGGAAUUGAUGUAUAAGCUGGACAGAGCCUGGGACAUCCUGGACGACCCCGCCCACGUCUGCCACGAGCUGGCGGAUGCCCAGGACAGAGUGCGCCAGCUGUCAAAUGAGGUCAUCAAGGAGCGCACCUGGCGCAAGCAGGCGCAGAUGAUCAUGGAAGAGCACGGCCUGGAAGGGCCCGCCUUCCCCAUGCCUGCCAUCCAGCCGCCCCCCAGCUUCACGCCCGACAGCCCCUGUGACCAUGACUCUCCCCUGGGCAGCCACGCACACUGCCAGGGCAGUCGGGAGGUGUCGCCAGAUGGCGAGUUUGGUGGGUUUGGGAUUGUCUGGUGUGAGGGACCCCCCGCUCCCAUCACGCCCCCCAGCUUGAUAGAGCGUGAGGCAGUUCCUCUGUUGCGGCCCGACGAGCUGCGCAGCUGCCUGAGCAAGCUCACUCAGCAGCAGCAGCAGCAGCAGCAGUAG